GCAAAGUUUACAAGACAGCCGUCAGACCAGCACUCCUAUACGGCAGCGAAGUAUGGGCUCUAAAAAAAACCCAUGAGCAGAAACUUCACACAACAGAAAUGCGUAUGUUGCGAUGGUCGGGAGGAGUGACACUCAAGGACAAGGUGCGCAAUGAACACAUAAGAGGGAGCUUCAAGGUCGCAGAAAUAGCUGAAAAAGCAAAAGAGUCCAGGCUGAGAUGGUACGGUCAUGUGAUGCGAAGACCAGAUGACCAUGUCGUAAAAAAGUGCCUUUCCAUGGAUACUAAGAAGCGGGGGAAGGGAAGACCACCAACAACGUGGUUAACGAAGGUCCGUAAGGACCUGAAAGAUAAGGGCAUGACAGACGAUGACGCAAAGGAGCGUACAAAAUGGCGCCACAUGAUUGGGAAAGCCGACCCCGUAUAAACGGGAAAAGGCGAGGCCGAAG